UACCUAAUUGGAAUUAUUCUGAUGAUCAUCACGAUACAAUAUUUAUAGAAUUAGAAGAUCAAGGACCUCACUGGGAUAAUAAUGAAGGAUCAAAUUCGCCAUCAAUCACAAUACAAGGAUUACCAGAAGAUGUUCCAAUAAUUCCAGAACAAUCACGUGCAGUUAGCUCUCAAGAUAUCAAUGAUAAUAUUAAUGUUAUCCAGGACGUAAGAACUUCUUCGCGAGGAGCUAUACGAACUCGGUUAGAGUUACAACAUGCAGAAGCAUUAAGAGACAAUGACAUUAGUGGUCUGACUGAACAAUUGCGUACGAGUUUGAACGAAUCGGAAGAGGGUUCUGAGACAGAGGAUGGCUCAAGGACGCCUAUUCAAGCUGAUAUUAUUGACUCGAAUUUAAAUACAUCAAGGCAAAUUCAACAAAGAGAAACUAGUCAAAAUCCGAUGGAAAAUCAGGACAACACCAUAUUCCAGUUUACGCUCCCUCCAAGACUUCCAGCUCGAAUUCAAAAUCGUGAUCUUAAUGUGUUCUCUACGAAUUCUCAAUCUACUGGAGAACAAAGUAACAACGAUUCUAAUACUUCAAGAGAAGGAACGAAUGUAAAUCAGCGAAAUUCCGAUUCAAGUUCACAAAAUAAAAACUUAAAAUUUACGAUUCCACCUUCGCGAUCACUGCCUCAAGAUUUAGUUCUUUAUGCUUCAGCUGGAGAUUUGUAUCUUCUUGAUCCAAAAGCGCGGCUUGAGCCUCUGCAUAGUGUAUCACGGAUUGUUCGUCAAAGUGAUGUUAGGUGGUUGCCUCAUUUGCAAGGAUUUGAUCGAUUAAAUAUGAUGGAGUGUAUACCAGAACUCUCUCUUGCAAUCGUUGCUAGUCAAAAAGGAAAAGUAGCAUUAGUGAGAUUACUGAGAGUUUCAUCAGAGGGAGGAAAUGAUCGAUAUAUUCUUCAACCUGAGAAAUACCUGCCAUUGAUGCAAAACAUGCCGAUGGAGCCAUUACUUGGGAUGUGUGUCAGCAAGCAAAUUUCAUCAUCAUCGGAUCCAGCUUUUCAUUAUUAUCGGUUAUUUUUGCUUUAUCUUGAUGGAAACUUAUGUUGCUAUGAGAUCAGUCGAGAUAUCGAAACUAAUCCUUCUUAUGGCGCUUGA